GCUAAUAUUUACCCUAUUGCUAAAUUAGCUAUUAACAAGCGCAACGCAUUAUUAACUGGAAUAAGCCCCUUUUUCCUAAGCUAUAGAUAUAACCUUAAAGUCCUGGAACUUAAUCUAGAACUACCUAAGGUUCUCUUACUACCUGCGUAA